AUGAGAAGACUCGUCUUCUUUCUCUUGUUUUGUGGCGUCGCCUCGCAAGAUCUGGCAGGAAUUCCUCGAUUCGAACUCGGCACCGGACUGAUUGUCAAAGAGCCAAUAAAUGGGAGCGUAACUAAGCUACAUUUAAACUCUGGGAUGGGUCAGCGUCUUCGGCGGAAGAGGAGCUGGCUGUGGAACCAGUUCUUCGUGAUAGAGGAGUACAGAGGCCCUGAACCGGUGCUCAUCGGACGGCUGCACACGGACAUGGACCGAGGCGACGGGAGAACCAAGUACACGCUGGAGGGCGAAGGAGUUGGCUCGGUGUUUGUCAUCGACAGCAACACGGGCAACAUCCACGUCACAAAGUCUCUGGACCGCGAGGAGAAGGACCAGUACCGCCUGACCGCCACCGCCACCGACAGGCAGACUGGUCGCGCGCUGGAGCCUUCCUCGCAGUUCAUCAUACGAGUGCAGGACAUCAACGAUAACCCGCCAGUCUUCCCCGGAGAGCCUUACAUCGCCACAGUGCCAGAAAUGGCCAACAUAGGCACGUCAGUCAUCCAAGUGACGGCCAAGGACGCCGAUGACCCCACGUACGGAAACAGCGCCCAGCUAGUCUACGCCAUCACCGAAGGACAAGAUUAUUUCUCCGUUGAUCCUCAGACAGGCGUGCUGCGGACCGCCAUGCCCAACAUGGAUCGCGAGACCCAGGAGGAAUACGUGGUGGUGCUCCAGGCGCGAGAUAUGGGGGGGCACCUCGGGGGCCUGUCCGGGACCACCACCGUAACCGUCAGGCUGAGUGACGUCAACGACAAUCCUCCUCACUUCAGACGCAGUGCGUGGUCAUUUUCCGUGUCGGAGUUGGCAGCCCCGGGUGUCGAAGUGGGUCGCCUCACCGCCACGGACGCAGACGUGGGCGACAACGCACUGCUGGAGUUCACCAUCAUGGACGCCGAGGAGGCGCAGACGUUCAACGUGAGCGCCAGGGAGCGAGAAGCUAUCAUCGUGCUAAACAAAUUGCUCGACUACGAAACUCGCAAUUCGUACUCCUUCACCGUGGAGGUGGCCAACCCCCUGGUGGACCCCCGCUACCUGAAGUUGGGUCCCUUCAAGGACCAGGCCAUGGUCCGGGUCAUGGUCCUGAACGCGGACGAGCCCCCUCGCUUCUCCCAGACCUGGUACCAUCUAGACGUCUCGGAGAACUGCCCGCCCGUGUGCUCGGUUGGCCGCGUGCACGCCGUGGAUCCCGACACAGGACAGAGCAGCAACAUCAGGUACUCCAUCGAUCCUCAGUCGGACCCCGAGGCUCUUUUCCGCAUCGCUUCCGACACGGGAUUCAUCAGCACGGUGAUGGAGCUCGACCGAGAGCAGGAGCAGUGGCACAACAUCACUGUCAUCGCCACACAGAGAGACAACCCCAAUCUCGUGUCGAGGGUGGUGGUUGCCAUAGAAACGCUCGACCAGAAUGAUAAUGCGCCGGAGUUGGACAGGCAGUACACCACGUCGGUUUGUGACUCCACCGCCCCGGGACAGGUGGUUCAGGUCCUACGCGCAGUCGACAGAGACCCGGGAUGGCAGGACGCUCCGGUCCACUUCAGCAUCGCGCCCGAAUCUAGCUCCGCCCUCAACCUAUCCAUCAAGGACAGCGGCGGCGCCACGGCUAGCCUGGUGCUGCAGUCGCCCUUAGAGCCGGCGCCCGGCUACUCGUCCUCCUUAGUCAGCCUCUACGUGCCCGUGGUUCUACGAGACGGCGCCUCGGGCCUGGCCAACACGGCCACGGUCACCGUGACCGUCUGCCCGUGCCUGCGGGGCGGCAUGCGGACUGAGGAGCGCAGCCCCCGGACGCGGGGCCGGCGUUGGGAGCGGCGUGCCGUGUGCCGCCCGUCGCCCUCCGCGUCACCGUCAGUCGUCUUCACGUUAGUUAUCUUGAUGGCGGCGCUGGCCUGUGUUACCACAUUGCUGGUGGUGUGCGCGCUGUCUCUGUCACUCCGGCGUCAGAAACGGGAUGCCCACUCAUCCUCCGACGACGACGACAUCCGGGAGAACAUCAUCUCCUACGACGACGAAGGGGGAGGGGAGGCGGACACGGCCGCUUUUGAUAUGGCGGCGCUGCAGAGCAUGCACAGGAUCCAGCAUGCGCAUAGGAACAUAUGGUACACACAGCAGAGCGCGCCGACCCCACGGGUCAGGACGUACAGUGUGACCCCUAACCCCCACCCGGGCCCCGAGCCCGACCGGCGUCCAGGUUCGGCGCCGCUCUAUGGGCGGCUGUGCUACGGUGUCCACACGCUGCCCGUCCUUCGGGAUUAUUACUACCAAGCCGGACCGAUGCAGGCCGGCGUGCGGCUGCCUCUAGCGGCCAAGCGCCAAGUUGCCGUCCCUCCUGUCGUCGGUCACCAGCCGGUCCAGCAGCUCCCUCCCGAGAUAGACCCUGCAGAGGUCCAGUCCGCUCCAAUCAGCGGUCCAGCUAGUCUGAGCUGCUCCGACCCUACCGGUUCCUCCUGCCAGAGUCCCAGCAGCUCGUCGGCCAACCAGACUCUGAUCAGCACCGGCGCCACCAGCUGCACCGUGGAGGACGCCGACACCGACUGUUCGCUUCCCUCCAUGUCCGAGCGGAGUUACCCCAACGCCAAGCUUCCCGUUUUCCCCAUGACGGACACGUACAGCAUCGUGGGCUCGCUGAACGGAACUGCAAACGCGACCGUUCUGCCGCGCGCCAGGACGAUACCAGUCGACCAACAGCCGUUACGGAUGGAGGACCUGCUCAACUUCCGUCUGAAUCGGGUGACGUCCGAUCCGUCGCAGCCGCCGUACGACUCGCUGCAGACUUACGAAUUUGAGGGCCGCGACUCCCGGGCCGAGUCGCUGAGCUCGCUGGAGAGCGAGGACGGGAAGGAUGACGACCGGGACAAAGACGGGAAGGAACCCGCGGCGGGAGGAAUGGAGGAGCUUAACGUCAAGUUCCAGCGUUUGGUGGAGCUCAUCAGGGAAAGAAAGAGCAGGAAGGAACCGGAGGCAGGAGAGCCUCAGGCUCAGAUCGUCCAGGUUCAACCUCAGAGUGGCCAGGUUCAAGAGAAGGUGGUUCAGAAGUGGGACUUUUAA